CCCGGGGGAGGGGACUCGCUCGUGACUUUCUCACUCUGCCGGGGCGGGGGUCGGUGGCGCUUUACGGCCGGCAGGAGGUGCCGUAAAGCGUGCGCAGCUGGCUUUGCGUCAGGGCCAGUGGAGAGAUUGCUUGUGAAAGGUGUCUGACUGCUGAGGAGACUGAAGUCCUCUCUCCACAGAAAAGGUAAAUAAUCACACAAGAAUUAAGUGGCUAUGUUCAGUGAAAUAUGAAAAAUGGCCAAUCCUUUAAGAGGUGAAGUGCUGAAUCUUUACAAAAAUCUGCUGUACCUUGGAAGGGAAUAUCCCAAAGGAGCAGACUACUUUAGAAGCCGUUUGAAGGCAGCUUUCCUAAAAAAUAAGGAUGUGAAAGAUCCAGAAAAAAUUAAGCAACUAAUUAGUCGUGGAGAAUUUGUUAUAAAAGAGCUAGAGGCCUUGUAUUAUCUCAGAAAAUACAGGGCUAUGAAACAGCGAUACUAUGAGGAUGACAAUAAGAAUAAGUGAUGUGUAAUAUUAUUGACCCUGUGCUUGUAACAAUGCAGAUUAGUGGCUGGGAUGAAUGAAUAAAAAAGAAUGGUUAUGUUAAAGGCAA